CGUACUGUUUGCUUCUUCUCCACCAAGAACUCUAUUUGGUUUCCCCCUCGCUUGCUGUAUAUCUAAGUAUAUUUUAGUAACUUUGUAUCUCUAGCUUGCUUUUUGUUUCAUCUAGCUUGGCAGAUCCGUGAGAAUUCAAAGUGACUGAGAUGCUGUGAAAUCCAGUAGCUUACUGGGAUCCUGGGAAAGGGACAAAGAGCUGAUUUGCCCUUGAUUGGAAAUGUGGAACUUAGAAGGACACAGUGAAAUGUGUUUGAAUUCUCUGCUUCUUUGCUCCUGGUCAUAAGGAAGUCAUGAAGAUCCUUGCAAAGGAAGAUAAGCCCCUCGUCUUGAAAUAGCCAUAUUCCAAUCAUGCAUGCCAGAAAUCUUGGAAAUUGAAACCUUCGACUAUGAACCAGGUCUGAGCUGUUUUCCUCAUUGGCUCUUGGGAUUUGGUUACAACGGCCCCAAUGUUACAUGAGUGGAGCAAAGAGCCUUAAGGAAAGUCUGCCCAGAUGGAGGGCUGAACUUCAGAUCCCGACCAAACUCCUCUUGGUUAACAUGUGGCUGAUCUUAUCAAGGAGGGUCUGGUCUCCCUGAUCACCUUGCUUCUCCAAGUUACCCUUUCUCCUUGCCUCCAGCAGCCAGAAACAUUGCCCUGAGGGCAAUGGAAAGCAACAUGUUAGAUUCUUUUUUGGAUGGGAUUUAAGCUCAAAGGUACCAUAUCUCACAGCCUUUAACUUGAAAUUUAAGGAGGAAGAAGGAGGAAAAAAGGAAACUCUUCAAUUUGCUUGAAAAGUCUCUGAAGAAGCUUUGGGAGGUUAAUGUUGGAUGCCGACCAAAUGAAUCUGUAGAGUCAGCAUGGCAUUAUCUGCCAGUCCAGGGCUACAGUAGCUCCUUACUAUGAGACCUGCCUCUGUCUGCCUGUCAGCUGUAUUCUGGCUCUUCUGUUACAAUGGACAGCAAUGAAACUAAAUACAAGUUCUCCAAGAAAUUCUAAACACUCAGAAGGCCAGAUAAAAUUACAUGAAAGGUAUGCACCUACAGAAUUCACACCCAUAACAGAGAAAAAAAGGUCCCAUUUUGUGGUUGCAUUGGGUGAACUAAAUGAGCACAUUUUGGAGGAAGAUCAUCUAAAAAAAAUCAUUGAGCAGAAAUCGACUUUACAGGGAGAAAGAAUUUAAUUUUGUGAAUCACCUCUUCAUGCCUGUCCAGACAAUGCAAGGGAGUAAGAAAUACACAGAUGGACUCAGUGACUCUUCAAGCAUCGGGAGUGUCUUGGAUGAUGCAGAUAGAGAAGUCAGCAGUCUCACAGACCGGGCCUUUAGAAGUUUGUGCAUUUCAGAGGACACAUCCUUCAAUGACUCUAAUCUUGUCAUUUCACCAGAUUUUGCCCAGCAGUGUUUUGGUAGUUUUCAACAGGGAAUAGGCAGUCAUGCCAUCAGGAAAAGCAAUCUCUGCAACAGGAUACAAGCACAUGGAAGUGAGCACACAGGCUGGGCAUCUACAUUCCAACAGUUGCCCAAGUAUGUCCAAGGAGAGGAAAGAUGCCCCAAAAGCAACACACCACCACAAGUUAACACACGGAGAAAACUGGAGAUCCCAGUUUCUGGUUUGAGGAGUAGCAAACCUCUUUCCAAAGUAUCUUCUUUAAUUAAAUCUUUUGAUAGGACAGAAAAUUCAAGUUCUGACAGUGUGCCUCCCACCAGCAAACAGUCUGCUCUGAAAACCCCUCUAAAAUGUGUACCCCUCCCAGGAGUUGGUGUGAAUUUCUGCAUGGAUUCAGCCUUUUUAACUGUCAGGAAGGUCCCGGCCGAAGUUUCCAACACCUAUCAAAAUACCAGUUGGCCUGGUGGCAGGCAGGAGACACCAAAUUCACCAAGUACUGAUGACUUAACAUCUAGUGCUGAUGGUUUUCAAUCAGCCCCUGUAGAUGCUUCCAAGCCAUUUGAAUCAAAUAUCCACCUUCCACCAACAAAGACAGUGAAGGGUAAGACUGGAAAAACUAAUGAACGGGCAAGCAAAGGGAAUUUUCUUCAUAGUGAAAACAGUGCUUUUGAGUCAUGGAAUGCACAUCACAAGAAACUGCUUGAGAGGAAGGAAUCUGGUGAACUGGUGCCAGAAAUCAAAGCUCCCCUAAACUAUGAGGAAAACCCACCACCACUAAGAGAGCUCCAUCCAAGCAGACAUGAAACAUCACCCAGCCACACCAGAGUACCCAUGAACCCAGAAGAAAAAGCUCUGGCAGCAGGGGCUCCAUCCACUUCUCUAUCCCAAUUGUCUAAUGUUCAACCAACUUCAGAAUCGCAAAGCUUUGCCUUCGAGGAGAAGGCCCCCAAUUCAGAGUCCAAGGCUCAAGUAGAAACUUCACGAGCCCCAUGGAGGAGAUCAAAAAUCAGCAAAGGAGGAAAAGAGAGAGCACAUGAGCCUUCGAAUGAAAAGAAGACCGAUGAGAAAGGUCUGCCUUUGUAUAAAAGGCCAGAGCCUACAGUAGAGUUUCUCGAAAAUGAUGUAAUAGAAGAACAAGUGAACUCAAAUGAAUGCUACGACCCUCCUUUUAACAUCAGUAAGCUUUUGACACCUGUCAUACCCACAAAGCAUGUCCUAGAUUCAUUAGAAAAUCAGUCUGAGUUGGCAACACCCCCUCCCCCAGAAAAGUCAGUGGGAUCAAAUGAGAAUGAGGGACUUAAUGAAUAUCAGUCUCGAGACAGUUAUAAGUCAAAAGUGCCUAGUCUGUUGUUCAACCUCAAGGAUGUCCGAAAGCGAGUCAAGAGUACCUACAGUGCCUCCCCUCUCCUAAAAACCCAUGAUGAGAAAACAAAAGGUAGGGAUCAUGUCAAGCAAGAAAAUAUAAGCAAUGGCACCUUUAUAUCUAAUGGAUCUGAAGAAAUUCCCCCACACAUGUCAACCAAGGACAAACUGAACCACCAACCCUAUGUCAAUACCAAGGAGAAAGACCAUAAAGGAGAGGUGAAUGGAGACUUCACAGAUAAUUACCUAACUCUUAGCUCACCUCAGACUAUAGAAGAAGCCUCCUUCUAUGUCAAUGGGGAGGCUUCAGAACAGAAUAAUCUCAAGAAUGAAGCCUUAGUUGUCAAAGAUCCUAGGAACAGUGAUAUGGAACCUCAGCAGUAUCAACACCAAGCAAACGAACACAAUUUCAAGAAAAGUCGGCCUCCCCUCUCCUUGAAGCUUUGCAGUAGAGAAUUACCAGAUGGAAAAGUUGAAGAGAAACUGAGUAUGCACCCCCUUGAAAAUGGAUUGCCAAGAUCCAUUUCCCAAGAGACUGACUACGAAAGAGAUUCAGAAUUGCAGCAUGUAAAUUUCAACCAGAAAAUCUCACCAGGUCCACUUUCCCCAGAGGAAGAAGAUGUGUUCUAUAGUGACACCCAGUCUGAUUUCAUGCCAAACCUUAAAAGCAAGGCCAAAAUAAGCACGAGUUCUUCAGACCAAUCUUUUGCCUCCUUUGAGGAUCAGCAGAGAACAUGGUUUACAGAAAGUCAAAGGGAAGAUAGAAGGGGUAGUGUGAGCCUAGAGGAAAGUCAGAAGAGUGAGAAGAAAGAAAAGGGUCUAAGAAAGGAUGAUUUGCAAUACUAUGCUUUAAGCAAUGGCUUCACUAGUGUUGAAGACGGUAACAAGGAGGAGAUGUCUCAGAGAGAGGGUGAAAGCAUGUCUAGAGAUACAGUGAUGAUUGAGUCAAAAGAAAAAGAAGCCAAUUCCAAAGAUGUUUGGUUAGGAGAAAAUACUUCUCUUCCUGAUACCAAAGAUCCUCCAGUAUCACCUUCCCCCAAUUCAAACAAGCACAUUAUGUUUACAAUCAAAGACAAUACCUUCAAAUCAUCUCCAGUGAUCAAGCCCAUCAUACUUCCCCUACUGAGGACUUCAUCCUUAGAAAAUGCUCAUAACAAUAGCCAGAGAGAAGUGGAGAGUCAAUUGGCAGAACAUAGAGAGAACACUCACCUCUACCAGCUGGAAUCCCAAGAUAUACCAAAUACCCCAAAAAUUAGCCAGCUCCCUACAUCAAGCAGUCAACCUGGUGCCUACAAGAAAACCUACAGGAGCGUGAGUGAUAGUGGACAGAUUUUUGGAUCAGUAAAGAUGGAAAAUGUCCAGCCAACACCAGAAGCCAACCUUCUUGAAGAUGACAGCAACUCCCCAUUCUUCCCAUUAAUAAAAGAUAGUGAUGGUGUGAGGCCCCCUCAAAAUUUAUUAAAGAAAGUUGUGGGAAAUGAUCUUGAAAAUGAUUACAGGAAUAAAGAGAAACCUCUCCCCUUCCGAGGCAGACCCAGCAUCAUUUUGCCAAAUGAAGAUUCUGAGGAACAACUACCAGCAAGCCAGUUAGGAGGGGCCCAUUCAGAAGAGAAAACUCAAUGUUCCAGAAACCCCUUGCUAUCCACUCCCAGGGAAGGGUCAUUGGUGAAAAAUAUAAUCCCUAAUGAGAUGAUGAACUCACCUAUAGCCAGCUCCACAGUAGACAGCAGUGUUUAUUCCCCUGUAGCCAGCACCAUAAUGGAUCAUGCAUCACAGGGCCCUCUAGACUCAGGUAUAUCACAAGGAGAUUUGUCAAACUCAGCUAUAACAAGCCCCUUGUCCAGCAUGUGUUCCAGCAUAACCAGCCUAGGAUCAGAGAGAAAAGCUGGUGCCAAAACAACAAGGGAAGAUAUUACACAUGCUGUGGUACCAAGUAUAGGAGGUAACCCCCAAUUCGAUUCAUCUGCUGAAGAAACCAUGGCUUUGUCUACACGGGAUGCAUUGUUGGAGGAGACUAGCAAUUGGGCAGCUCCCUAUGAGAGACCAUGGUCCACCGUUCACAUGGAAAAAUCAAUGAACAAACCCCCAGCUGUCCCACCAAAAACCGAAAAAGCCCUAAGACGAGCAAAGAAAUUGGCAAACAAAAGGAAAAAGAUGGACUUGCAGCAAGAAAAAUUGUCUGAAAUCCAGGAGGAAAGCCCUCAGGUGGAAGAUGAAGAUGUGAUUUGGAAGAGACCUUUAUCCCCUGUAGAGAUUCCACAAUCCAACUUCCCCCGUGUCCGUUCCCUUCCACCUCCUGUUCACAGGCACUCAGUGGCUACACUCUCUGAGCCCAUUAGGAGGAGGCCUAGUGGUGCUCAGUCAGUAAUCCCUAUGUCCUCCUAUCCUGCCACUCAGAAGAAAGUCCUCCAAGAUCCUUAUUCUGGAGAGUACUUUGUGUUUGACCUACCAGUCCAGGUGCGAAUAAAGACAUUCUAUGACCCGGAAACGGGCAAGUAUGUCAAAGUAUCGAUCCCUUCUUCUGAAAGGGGCUCCCCUGAAAUCCCCUCUUCAGAAAUUUUAAAUUCUCCUUAUGUGGUGUAUCCUGGCCUCCACCCUCUACCAGUGACUUCUUUAACACCUCUGAGGUCCUCCUCACAGCUCUCAGCACCCACUUUUCUAAGGCAGGUGCCUCAAGCCAGGCAGUCAGCUGACCACUGGCUCCAGAGCUUCAGAGAUGCCAAGCACCCACGUCCUCACUCAUAUGCUGGGCCUGUACGUAAUCCUUCAAGACAUCACCCAGAGGAAGGUCCACAGAAUUUAGAAAAAGACAUAAGUGAAGCUCAAAAUUUGGACAUUAUUUCCACUGAUGAUUUAGAAGACUUUGCUUCAGAAGGGAUCUCUUGAAAAUUGAAGUUAUUAGCAACCCUCUCCUCUUCUGUCAUCCUCCCCUUCCCCCAAAAAAAUUAAGCACACCCCUCUCCCAGAAUAAUGUUACAUAUAUUCAGGUAUCUCCUUAAAGACACUUAUUUUAAAAUGGCACCUAUUACAAAAUUUAACACUGGGUUGUUUAGUUUUUAAGAACAAUCCAAUUGAAGGAUUCUGUCUUCUCCAAGUUGGAUUACCCUCCCAACUCAAAAAAUCUACUACUGUUUGGGUGAAUGCAAAAUGGCCAGUCUGUGAGAAGGGUAGUGAUUGCAUGAAAGAACCCCUCCCCAUCACCACCUCUCCCCUCUUUCCCUUCUCCUCUCCCAUCCACCCCCUCCCCCUGCUGCCACCCUCACUGCUGCUACUGCUGCUAAUGCCACCAAACAGAGAAGAUUCAUCACCAAGAAAUCUUCUCAUUCAGGGUUGAAGUCGCCAAGGGGGAGAUCUGAUGCACCACUUGGAGAAUGUCUGUUUACAUAUCCUCCCCCAUUCUCUCCCCCUGCUAAAAAAAAACGAGGCAACUUCCAACUCUGCCCAGGGAUGUUGUGUGGACACUCCCAAGUGGGUUGGUUGAGAGUAUUCCUUAAAUUGCAAACAGUCAGAUAUUUUUCACACUUCCUUCCCUCCCCGCCCCCCCCCCCCAAAAAAGACAAAAACAAAAAAAUGAAACUUUGUGAUUAUUCUGCUGUGGUUUAUAGUACAAAAAAUAGUAAAUGAGUCCUCUAUCACAGCACCAAUUCCAUGUAGACAAAGAGCUCGCCCACUGGUUCCCAGUUCACGUCUACUCUCCUCACCAUCUCAGCUGAAUCCCAGGUAUCUGGGAAACUCUCUACUAAAGACACAAACUGGAAGACAGUUUAAACAUUUAUUUGGGUAAAAAGAGGUAUUGUUUAUAUAAUGAAACAUUCUUCUACAGGUCAUCCUCUGAGUUUUAAAAAACAGAUUUUUUUUAAAUGGGGCAAAAAAAAAAAAAGUUGAUAGAUGUUACUCUUAUUUUUGGCCUAGUGUCAUUUAUUGAGAAAAGUAAUGGAAUGAAGCUGCCAGCUGCAAGCUGCUGCUGUCCCUGCUGCUGUUUUAGGGCCAUGGACAACCUGUUCUUCUGAUACCCCUAAUCACUUGAUAACAACUCCCAUUGGCCCUUGGCUCAUGAUAUGAGUCUGCCACAUACAUAUGGCCCCGUGAAAACCUCAUGAGGUCGUACAGAUAGAAUUCCAUGCUGUGCAUGGUACAAUGAUCAUUGAGCGGUUCAGCUUUGAAACAUCUCAGGUCCACCUCCUAGCACAGGUCUGUUCAUUUAUUUCCCAAGCUUUGAUUGAGGUCAGAACCACUGGACUGCUCGGCAAGGCAUAACUGCUUUAUUGAGACACCUGCUAUUGACUGUACAGUGACUUCCCAGAAAACUUCCCUAUUUUGCAUGAGAUUUAGUAGUAAAUAUCUGAAUCAAAGCAGAGAGAGAGAGAGAGAGAGAGAGAGAGAGAGAGAGAGAGAGAGAGAGAGAGAGAGAGAGAGAGAGAGAGAAAGGGAGAGAGAAAGAGAGGAAGAGAGAGAUUGUGGCUCAAACACCUGUAUCUUUGAGGGCAGUUAGGAUUUGUGAGUAAAUAUAUACAUGCAUAAAAAAAUGCUAUGGAUAUGAAGAACCUUAGUCUGGCUUUCCUUUCUUCCAAGCAUCGAAAUGUGGAUUAAACAAAUGAACAAAUUCCACCCAAACCAUACUUUUUAUUUAACUAAGUGUGACUCUGGCAGGCAACAUUCUCCCAGAAGCUGCCUUCCUGUCUUUAUGGAACUAAGAUUUCUGAAACAAGGAGAUGUUUUCAGCUAUUUGGUAAAUCCACCCAUAUGAAAAUAGGAAAUCCGCCCACAUGAAAAUAGGAAAUAAGAAGAGACACAGAUACAAGUAGACUAAUGAACAUCUAUAGCUAUAUUCCUUAAGAUCUCACAGAUCUUAUCAGAGAAUCCUUUUCCCAGGUACUCUAGGUGACUUGAAGCUUUCCACAGCAACCCCCAGCAUCAAUUAUGUUUCUAAACAUUAGAUCUAAAAACAGAUUUUUUUAAAAUGCAUACACAUACACAAACACUUUACAAUAUAGUUGCUACAAUUAAGUUGCUUCAUUGAAACUAGCUGCCUCAAUCUCAGUUUGAAUUUAAGUCUUGUGUGAAAUUUUGGUUGUUACUUUUUUUCCUAAGCAUAAACAGGCACACAAGAAGCUGCAUUAAAUGAGGAAUGGUACCUAGAUGAUUUGGCAGACUUUUUUCCACAAUUAAGAGCAAUAUCCAGAACUAAAGAUACCAUUUGAACCAAAUUUCUUGUCUUUAAAAAUAUUUUUGUUUGUUUUCUGUGGGGCAAUGGGGGUUAAGUGACUUGCCCAAGGUCAUACAGCUAGUAAGUGUCAAGGAUCUGAGGCUGGAUUUGAACUCAGGUACUCCUGAAUCCAAGGCCAGUGUUUUAUCCACUGCGCCACCUAGCUGCCCUAAAAAUAUUUUUGAGACUAGUUCUUGCUAUCUGGUCCAGGGUAGAAGUGUAGCAAAUAGCCUCAUCCCACUAUUGAUUGGUAGGCAAGCUCUGCUUUUAACCUAGACCAGUUGACCCCACCUUAAGCAGCCUUGUGCCCUCCUCCCCCAUUCCCAGGGGUCCACCAUAUUGGCACCAGUCUGCUACAAUAUGAAGUAGCAAUCUACAUUGGUGGAAGAGCCUCCUACACUAAUAUGAUCAUAUAUCCUUGAAAUAUAGAUAUAUGUAUAUGUGUUCAUUCAUACCCAAGGUGUUUGAAAAAAGACACAACAGUCUAGAACUUAAGUGCCUUUUCUCUUGAGCUAAAGUGAUCCAUUAGCCCUAGUCUCUCCCAGUGGGCAUGGAUUAAAGGGAUAAGCCAUGACAUUAGAUCAACCCCACUCCAAUUUUUCAUCCUUGCUCUAAAAUGAUGCCUGGCAGGAAUAUAUCUAAGGUACAAAGUCUACCAGCCCAAACAAAGCGUGCUCUCCGAGUGCCCACAUCAUAAUGCUGUUGCUUCCUUGAUUCAUAAAUUAGUAAGUAAAUGGUCAUUCCUAAAGAACAACAGUGCAACAAUUUGGAACAAAUCAGUAAAACAGGAAAUUGUUAUUGAAUUGGCUUCCAUUGGGAGGCAGCACUGUGUGGUGGGAAGAGCACUUGGUUUGGAUAUAGAAGACCUACAUCUAAAUCCAAUUAUCUGUCACUCAUCAGCUGCUCAGUCUUGAGUAAUUGAUUUCAUCUCUUGGUGCAUCUGUUUCCUCGUCUACAAAAUGGAAGGAAUGUCCUCCUGUAAGUUCUCCUACAAGCCCUAAAAGCCUGUGAUCUCAUUUAACUUAUCAUCAUGACAUAAUUUUUUUAUUAUUAUAUUAAGUUGGUUUCUAAUAGGUCUUGCAUGUUUAUAAAAUAGUUAAAGAAUCAUAGAUUUAGAGACAGAAAGGAAUUUAAAGUCAUCUAGCCCAGUUUCCUUCAUUUGAUGGAUAAGGAAACUGAAGUCCAAAAUGAUUUUCUUAAAUUAUUAUAGGCAAUUAGCCAGGAUUUGAACUGCCUCCCGGCUUCCUCAGAAGAAAUGCCUGGCCCCUCCCAAUAAUAUGUACACUACUCUUUUUGUCUGGAACAAAAUUAUAAUUAGAGUCAUCUCCAUAUUGAAUGAGUUUGGAGGUAGUGGAUUUUUCAUCAUUAAAUAUUUUCUUUUUCUUUUUUUUCGAGACAAUUAGAGUUAAGUGACUUGCCCUGGGUCACACAGCUAGUAAGUAUCUAAGGCUGGAUUUGAAGUCGGGUCCUCCUGACUCCAGGGCCAGGGCUCUAUCCACUGUACCACCUAGCUGCCUCAUUUUCAAGUAAAUGUGAGAUGACUAUUUGUCACAUAUGAAGUACAGGAGCUAUUUACAUCCAAGUUGGACAAGAUGGCCUCUGAGAAGUUCUCUAACCAGAGGACUCUGAGAGUCUAUGAUAUUUUUUUUUGUCCAGGAGAGUGGCUGAGUCUAAACUUAAUCAAUAUCUUUACAGGCUAAAGAAAUAGAGGAUUAUAUAAAUCACCUAAAUGAUUUUCAUUUGGAGGGGGAAAUAGUGGCCAGGGGCUGGGGGAGACAAUAGCAUGAAUUAUUCAGAAGGUAUGCUUAUAUUCAUCACUUUUACUGAAUAGAUGCUAAACUCUUCUUUUCACUACCCUCGUGCAGAUAUAGCAAUACUCAGGUGUUUAAUCAAGGAUAACUCAUUUUUAUAGUUUCCCUUCCUUCUGGGAACCCUAAGUGAUUAUAAGGCAAAAUGUCAUUCCUCACAUCUCAAUAAGAGAGAAAAGACAGCUCUCCCAUAAAUGGCUCAAAGAGGUCAUUGAGUAACAACUCAAUGGAAGAGUUAAGAAUAGAACCAAGGUCUCUUCACUCAAGGCCAAUGGGUGACAACUUAAUUGCUUUUGAAAUAACCUUCAUAGUUUGGUGCAAAAACUUCAAGCUAAUAAUUCUAGAUUGGCUUUAUAUAGAGAUACAGAUGUAUAUACAUUUGCAUAUAUGUGUACAUAUAUAAAACCUUUGUGUACACAUAUAAAACCAAUGUGUGCAUAUUUACAUCUGUAUGUAUAUAUGUAUUUCCAAUGAUAACCUUCAAACAUUAGGACCAAAGGAACUUGUGUUGUAUUUUCAUCCAAGAAAAUAAAGCAUUUGGUGUAUUUGAUCAGAAAAGUGAAUAUGGCUAAAAUUCUUAACUGUGGGCUAUUUUAGGGAAAAAAAAGUCAUGUUGUACCAUUUUAACAAUUUUUAAAUGUACAGGUCUUCUAAGGUGUUUUCUCUUGUAUCAGUUUAAUUAGUUUAAGAUUUACAGAUGAU